ACCAUACAAAUCCCAAUUGCGUCAUAAAUAAAAUAAUACACGUUUUCUCCACAAUCGCAUCCAUUAAUAAAUUAAGCAUAAACCUUAAAGUGAGUUCUUCUUCUGUAGGAACUCAGAUACAAUACAAAAGUUCAAGACCUUAAAAACCUCUUAAAAAACUCCAUUGCAGUUGCAUUAAACAACAAAUAAAGUUAAAAAAGAAAAUGGGUUUCGACAAGGAGUAUCUUGAUCUAGUGUUGGUCCCUAGUGGGGCAUUGAUCCUUUUUGCAUAUCAUGUGUUCCUUCUUUACAAACACCGAAUUGAUGCUGACUCUACUGCUAUUGGCCUAGAGAACAGGGACAAGAAAGAAUGGGUUCAGAGUGUUGUGGGUGACUCAGACGCUUAUGACAGAGCUAUAAAUGUUAUCUCAAGCAACACAACAGCAGCAACGUACUUGGCUAUGGUCUCUUUAACUCUCUGCUCAGUUAUGGGAACUUGGCUUAUUGGAAACACUACAAUCAGUAAUAUGUUUCAAAGCAAAAGAAUUUAUGGCGACACAAGGCCACAUACCAUUAUCAUCAAGGACAUGAUCCUUCUUGUCUGUUUCCUCGUUGCUUUUUCAGGGUUUGUUCAAGCUGCAAGACAUUUUGUUCAUGCAAACUAUCUAAUGAGUUCACCAGAUAACAAAAAUUAUGUGAAAAAGCUGGAGUUUGCACUUAUAAAAGGAAGCGAUUUCUGGUUGUUUGCUCUUAGAGCACUUUAUUUCUCUCUUAUUGUAGUUUUUUGGUUUUUUGGUCCAAUACCCAUGUUUGUCUCCUCCAUUCUCAUGGUUCUAAUCUUGUAUUACCAUGACAUUUAUACUGUUACAUUGCGUAACAAGUAUAUUGAGCCAAAUGGUCAAGAGGGUUCAAAGCUGAUUUAGCUAUUGAGAACAAUUUCCGAUGAAGGUUUGCUCAAGAUGACAAAUUUUGCUCAUUUCAUGUCUUUUGUAAUUACAUAUUCAAGAUAAGUUGAUCAUUAUUUAUUAUUAAAUUAAUACUAAAUUAUUCCCCACCUACUCCAUU